AAUGUCAGACCAGUGAUGCGAUUACACAUAUAUACAAUUGCUGUCACUGUUAUUCCAAUAUUUUAUUAGUUUACUUUAGCCGUGAAAUUUGGAUUGUUUGCUACUUGUCUUAUGGACGUCGAAGUCAAAUUUAUAACUAAAACCUAACAGCUGAAUGCCUUUGGGACAGUCUUUAUUACUGGUUGUGUUGAAGAUGGUAAUGUGUAUUGUUUAUGCAGCACACACAAAGUAAUAACGCCUGAAGACAACUGAUUCAUUUUAAAUGUAAGGUGAAAUGGCUUUGUUGGGAAAUUCUUGAAAUGUGUCACUGGUAAUAAAAACAUAUUUAUACAUCGUCGUUAAAAAUAAAUAUACAAUCUGUGUUGUGUUCGUAUUUUUUAAAUAUGUAAAUUCCGUACUUGGUUUGUGUUGUACUUCCGGUGUGAAAGGUCACACCAAAAUGGCGCCGUCCAAGAAGAAACAUGCCAGUAGCCAGCCUUGUAUUAUUCCCGGAGGAUUCACAGAGCUCUCCUUACGGUUCAGCUCGGACAGCGUCUCUGAGCACAAGCUGUACCUGAAGGAGCACAAAGUACGAGCAGAGAAGAGUUCCCACAGGCCGCUGGACCGGACUCUGUUUGUGCUCAACAUGCCCCCAUACUGCUCAGAGGGUGUUGUCAAAGAGCUGUUCUCGCAGUUCGGCUGUGUUCAGUCCGUGGAGCUGAGGGACCACCCGGGCUCCUCAAAGGAGUCCGGACCCAAGCUGUCCAGGUUCUUUAAACCGGCUGAUAAACAGGGUUUCAAAGUGGGCUACAUCGUGUUCCAGAACCCCUCCAGUGUGUCCGCAGCUAAAUCGCACCCACACGACGCGCCUCUGGUGGUCUGCACAGAGCAGCGUCAAGUGAGGACCGGAGCACAGAAAUGGAUUCAGCAGUACGCGGAGUCUUUUAGUCAUCCGGAGAAGCUGCAGCAGAUAGUCGACUCCUUCAUGGAGGGCUACGACAAGCGGAAAGAGGAGGAAGCGGACAGGCAGAGGGAGGAGGCCGAGCAGCAGCAAGAGGACGAAGAGGGCUGGGUGAAAGUCACCAGGGGACCCAAGGGCACCAAGGGCCGCCCCCACAGCGAGGCAGCCAACAAGAGGACCCUACAGAAAGAGAUGAGGAAGAAGAAGAGGAAGGAGCUCCUGAACUUCUACACCUGGCAGCACAGGAACACACAGAAAGAACAUAUUGCUGAUCUAAGGAAAAAGUUUGAGGAGGACAAACAGAGAAUAGCUCUGCUGAGGGCACAGAGACAGUUCAGACCGUACUGAGUCGACUGCUCUGAUUUCACUGCUUGUUUGAGCUACAUUAUAACCAUGAGCCUUUUCUUUUUGUGUCAAUAAACUGUUAUUCUGACAGA